GAGUCUGGAAUCACAAGUCAAAUGAGAAACCGAUAGAGAGGAGAGAAAUGGGGAUACUGUGCUGUUUCGAUGGAGGCAAUAGCGCUGAGAGAAAAGAACAAGAGAGGUUAGCCUCUGCAGAAGUUGUUGCCAAAGCUGCCGAAGCCGCCCAAAGAAGGCAAGAGGAAUUUGAGAAGUCUGCAGCUGGUAGAGCUGCUCGUGCACAGCAACAGGCGGCUGCAAAGCAAGCUGCCAACUCCAACAAAGGCGAACCAGUGUUAAAGUGGUCAAUGGGAUGAGGCUGAGUCUUUUGUCUCUCCAACAACUGCCAUUUUUUUUGUAUUAUAGAGAUUCAACCUUAUUUUGUGGAUUGCUUAGUUCUUUUCUGCCAGCUCCAAACAUUCCAUAUCUCCAAGGCUCAACGUUCAAUGUAAUUUACUUGUUUAUUGUAUAUGGAAUAUGAGGAAUACAAUAAGAGUUGCAUGAGCUGUUUCAGUAUCUUGCUUUGGCCAUUUAAUGUGUUCUAUGCAACAAAUUGUUGAUUUUAGAAAUCUUUACAGUUACUCCACC